AUGGUUACCUAUGGAUGUGGACACAGGGAUCAAGAACAAAAAUUGGCUAACAUACCAGGGUUAUACAGUUGCCCUGCAAAUAGAAAGGUCGAAUGUGAAGGAAGAGGCCAAUACCACUGUGCAAAAUGGGGUUGUGAAACGCUGGCCCCCUGGCUGGCAGGACAGGGCCAUGAUCCCUUAAUCACCCUCCUUAGAACUCCAGAUCCCAAAUGUAAGACUCAAGGAAAAUGUAACCCAACAAAAAUAUGUUUAAAAAAGGUUUCUAGUUCCGGUACCUUUUCCUCUUCCUGGGACACUGGACACAACUGGGGUCUCAGGAUGUAUGCUCCAGGAGUUGACAAAGGCAUUUCCUUUACUAUACAACGGGUUAAAAGAAAAACUCCACCCAAUCCAGUAGGGCCAAACAAGGAUAUGAUUUUACACCCCCCACUCUUUCCGACUGUCCCUUCCCAACCUACCUCGCAAUCGGGUGCCCCCACAAAGUUGGAAUUACCAACUACAGGUCAUAUCCAGAACCCGUUCUCCCCUGAGACCCAUUGGCUAGAUGUAGUAGAUUCUAUGUAUGCUUGGCUAAAUUCAUCUCACACUGAGAUUGUACAAGAUUGUUGGCUGUGUUUAAACCCUAAACCCCCAUAUUAUGUGGGAGUGGCUACAAAUGCUAGCAUUGGACAAGACAUAGAAAAGCAUGUCGUGAAAUUGCUAAAUCCAAGCACGACAUUGUGCCCUUGGGGUUCACAACCAAUUUUAACCCUAGGAGACCUUCAAGGGCAGGGUUGGUAUAUAGUGUCCCCUUACAAAAACUCUUGUGCAGAAGUGUAUAUUCCAAGUAGUUCAGAUACUGAUAGCGCCCAAGCUAUAGCAUACCGAGCCCUUACUGGAGCCUGGUUUGCUUGCUCAUCAAGAAUUACCCCCUGCAUUGCAGCCGCAUACUUUGGGGUUGGCACCCAAGAGAUUUGUAUCCUAGUUCAUAUUCUCCCACAAAUAUACCUAUAUAGCGGAGAAGCGGGGAGAGAACAUCUACGUCUAUUUGAAGGACAUUCCAGGGUAAAAAGGGCAGCACCAGUCCUCAUUCCACUCCUAGUGGGACUGGGAAUUGCGGGAUCCACAGCUAUUGGAACUGCUGGACUCAUUGUGGGGGACCAAAAUUUCAAAACUGUAAGCAAGCAAGUGGACCGAGACCUAGGCUGCUUGGAAACUUCAAUUUCUCAGCUAGAACACCAAGUAGAGUCUUUAGCCGAGGUUGUAUUACAAAACAGAAGAGGGCUUGAUUUACUCUUCAUGAAGGAAGGGGGCCUCUGCGUGGCCCUCGGAGAAACGUGCUGUUUUUAUGCGAACAAUUCCGGAGUAAUCUGA